AUGUCCCGGACGCUGCCCUCUCCUCAUAGCCUGGACGUUCACAGCUCGAGAUCUCUCCGUGCCCAGAAGCAUCCUCUGGCGACCUUCUUCGUUGAGGCGCACGACUUCGUUCAUAAUGCUGGAGCGUACAUUGGCAGCUCUGCCGACCUGACCAAGAUUCGCAAACAUCGCGCUGCAUAUGCCAUGACUACUCCUCCUCGAGCGUUCAUCCCUCUUGCCAUCUCGACGGACGGUACCCUGCAUCCUGACACCCUCCGCUUCAUCUGGUAUCUCGCGGACAUCAUUGCUCAGCGCUCGAUGCCUCUUGAGGAUGCGGCGUUUGGUCGGCACUUCGUGCCUGAUGACGGCCCUGCUGCUGAGGUCCUGGCUCGCAAACGCGCCGCCACCUAUCAGCGCCUCACUAUGCUUCUCGCUGUGGACUGUGUGCCUGCCGUAAAUCCUAUAAAGGCUAUGCAGCUGACGCUGGAGGCGCUCUUGUCUGGUGCGAGGCGCAUGACGCCCUUGCGGGCGCAAGCACUUCUCGAGCCAGAGGACAGCUCCUCCUCGGACUUUGUCGAGUCGCCCGAGGGGGAGUCUUCGCCGGAGGUCUCCGACUCCGAUGGGGGAAAACGUAAACACGGAUUUACUGGCAAAUGGAUUGACUGGCAGAAGGGAAAAAGUGCCUCAAGCAAAACUGGCAAAGCAGGAUCAAGCUAA